AUGGGCGACGCCAGCAGUCCCCCACCCAUCAGCACAGCGUCCAAACCAUCUGGCCUUCCAUCGCCAAACCCAACAAAAUCAUUCUGGCAAACCUCGCACCCCAAUUCAAUCGCACAUCACCGUUCGACAUCGUCUCUGCCGUCAAAGGCCGCGAUCGUCGUUAUCGGUACUGGGGUCAGCGGAACGUUCGCGACCCGUGAGCUUCUGACAAAAUCUGAUGAGCUGGACUUGGACAUCCUCGUCCUGGAAGCCAGAACAGUCUGUUCCGCCGCCACGGGUCGCAAUGGCGGGCACUUGCAACCACUAAUCCUCUCGGAACGGAGUGGUAUCAUUGGAUUUGAGCUCGCCAACUUCCACUAUGUCGAGGGUCUCGUUGCCGCGAACGACAUCGAGUGCGAUUUCCGGAAGGUGCCAGGAUGUCUAGGUUUCUGGAAUAAGACGUUCUUCGAAGAGGCCAAGGCUGCAUUAGGGCAGGACGCCGACACAGGCAUGGACUUCAACCACACAGACCUUGUCCGCGUUGUCGAAGACGCCGAAGAGCUCAAAGAACUGCGCCUGGUGGACGCGGUGGGUGCUUUCGUCCAGAACAUUGCCGCCAGCUUAUCGCCGUACAAGCUCGUCGUGUGGACGUGGAAGGACAUGUUGUCGCGGUUCCCUCCGUCACGAUUGAAUCUUCAGGCCGAAACCGCCGUCACAGAACUCUCUCGCUCUGGCGAUGAAUGGCUCCUGUACACAUCCCGGGGCACAGUGCACGCGAAGCACGUCGUCCUCACUACGAACGCAUACACAUCACAUCUACUACCACAGUUUGCCAGCCUGAUAUCGCCUGUCCAGGCACAGAUGUCUGCUUUGGUUCUGCCGAAGACCUCGCCGUUCGCGAAGCGACUGAUCCCAAAGAGUUAUGGCUUCAUGGGCGUCGGGAGCCAGGAUCGCGUGAUGAGUGACUAUUUGGUGCAGAACCCGAUCUUGCCAGACAGUGAUGGAAAACGAAGCGGCGGACACCUCAUGUUCGGCGGUGGGAGGCACCACGUCCCCGGUCACGGCGUCGGAGUCAGUGACGACGACUUCGUCGAUCCCCAUGCCGAACUGUAUCUGAGGAGCUUAUCUGAGCGGUUGGACCUUAUUUCCCCCAUGACAGAAUCGGCACCGGAGCCCCAAUCGCAGAAGAAGCCGCUUCUGGAAAUCGUAGCCUCGUGGACCGGUAUUAUCGGAUCUUCUGCUGACGGCCACCCCUGGGUCGGCGCUGUGCCGGAUAUGCCGGGCCUGUUCCUCUGCGGUGGCUACACAGGACACGGUAUGACAAAUGCACCACUUUGUAGCAGACAUAUUGCGAGGUUGGUGCUAGAGAGUGUCCGAGGCAGAAGUAAACUGGAGUACAAGGCCAGUGAGGACUGUGCUGGGGGGAUCGGUGUGCCGAGGGAGUAUGUGCUCACUCGAGAAAGAAUGGAGAGAUUAUUGGCGAUGAAAGCACAGUGA